UACACCUAUCAAUUGUAAGACGCACCCCUUGACCCCCGGGGAUGGUGCGUCACUUGUCAGAUGUGAGUCGGAUUUUCAUGUACCAUGACGCACCUGUGUGUCUCGAAUGUGACGGACCUUUUCUUGCGAUGACUGUCUCUGGACGAAAAAAUAUGACGCACCAGUGCUAGAUUUUGACUGACCAUUGACUGUCUCCAUGACGCACUCCGUCUAGUAAAUCUCCGCGCGCACGUGCCGCUGUAUCUCGCGAUCAAAGAAAUUGCAUGAAUACACACGCUAUUGAGGCUAGUUCGAGGAGUACCGAUACGUGGAGAUUCAAUUCAAAGCUUGACAAUCCGCCUUUUGUUGAUCACUAUUCAAAGACUGAGGGUACAGCGAUGGCUGCUCCUCGGAUUCUAGCAAUUAUUGAGGUAGAUGGAAAAGAAAUGUCCAAAAAGCCUGUUCGUGCUCGAACAAUUGAUGAAUGUCACCAGGAAGCUGUGAAGAUAUGCCCCCAAAUUGCAGCUCUACAACUUCAGCGUGCAUUAGUCUACGAUAAAGGGUUUGAAGACUAUAUCGAUUACGAUGAGCAUGUUCCGGUGGAAAAUGACAAGAUUAGAUUGCAGUUUGUAUCACUGGCUCAAUCAACCUCAGCUUCAGCAGUACAUGUACAUAGCGAAGUGCCAUCUAUUGUAAGCAGUGAGGGAGCAUCCUCUUCGCCAGGGGGUGAAGCAGCUAGAGCGAGUACAUCUUAUGAAGAUAAUCCUCCUACAUGUAGGACAAGUCAAGCAACUCUUAAAUUCACUGGUGGAAAGCUCUCAAUCAGUCGGGAACCACCAAGUCAAAGUCCACCUGUGAGUGAUAAAACCGAUGAAGAAAUCGAAGAAAGAGCCAAAAUAUUUGGCAAGGAUGGCAAAAAUCUCAACAAGUACCAGAAAAAGAUCAAUGAAGCCGCUUCCCGUCUUGCAAAAGCCAACCCAACUCUGCUGGAGACGAGAGGACUCCUCCUCGUAAAGGCGAGAGAAGCGGUGCACACAAGUGGUUACGAGUAUGCACAUGGAAAGAAAACGAGAAGUAAAGUCUUGGGAAGUAAAAAACAGAAGAAGGAAUCAAACUACUCCAAGGAAACAACAAGAGAAGACCGUCUUGAAGAAAUCACGGAAAUAGUCCAGAGUACAGAGACCCAAAUCAUAUUUCUCGAGAAGGGUAAAGAAAGAGCUGUCACUUCCAACCAGUAUGGACAAGCGGCUGCUUUUGAGCAGCAAAUAUCAGAGCUAAAACUGAAACUAAGAAAGCUUAAACUUGAGAAGGCAGAGAUAGGUAACAAGUCUGAUGCUUUGAAGAAGAGGAGGGUAAGAAGGAAAAUCAAAGGAAGUGAAAGUGGAUCUUCAUCAAAGAAAGUCAAGGUGAUGGGUGAUUCUGAGGCAGAUGCAGAAGAGGUCAAUAUUUUGGAGGAAAAGAGUAUGGAAAUUAGAGAGGCUAGCACUGGUGAAAUGGCUCAAGGUUUUGAUGAGAGCAACAUGGAUGACGUUGCAACUGAUCAUAUGGAAAGUGGAGGAUCUGUCACUGAAGAGAGGAGCAUAGAUAAUGACGAAGUCAACGCUGAUGCAGUUGCAGAUUCUGGUCACGAGACAGCAGAGCACCUGCUCGAGAACAUCUAUGCCAGCCUCACUCAACAAGUUGAGGUGAGAGAAGCAGACAGUAGCUGCGAUGAAGAUGAGGCUACAGAAAGCAACAGCAGUGAAGUGCUAGAAGCAGAGUGACAUGA